AUGGACAAGCGUCUGAACGGGACCAUCACUAAAGCACAGAAGCGCCCAGAUACUCUGAAUCUGCCUUUUCGCGAGUUGCUUUUUCCUCCCACAUGGACCUUGACUUUUCCGACCCCGCCGCUCCGCCACACAGCGAGCGAGGCGCACCAUACACCUCUCAACCUUUUCCGCCCACAGAAACAGCAGCCACAGGCGGGUCAAAGCUUCGGCAGAAACCUGCCCUGGCCCAGCAGCGGCGCACAGGCGCACUCCCAGCGGCCCAACCGUGAGGCCGCUCGACCCCCACUACAGGCAGUGCCGCAGGCGCCCCGCCGGCUAGGUGCGCUCCUAUUGGCUGGCAGGCGAGGCACGCGACGGGGCAGCCACUGCACGUGGCAGAGGCGUUAUCGCAGGUACCAGGCGGAGGAGACAUUUUCCUUGGUCGGAGCCGCGGCGCGGCGGGAAGGAGGUCCCUCCAGAUACAGCAUGUUCCAGGAGGACUGGAAUACAGACGUGGGGGAUGAGGCAUCAUCAGUCCUCCCACUCUUUGAGGAGGCUGCGUUCUCUGGAAGACAAAAUGGCCCCUUGUCUGACUUCCAGACAGGUGAAGGUCUGAGUGUAGGCUCAUUCGGUACUGCUGCUGAAAAUCAGAAUAGAUGGCGUGAGCCAGUGAGUACAUUUGGUAAUGGAAGGAAUUCUGCAAACAGAGGUGUUAGAGGUGAGCAAAGAAACAGACCUCAGUGUGGCAAUUUUGGUGGCUCUAGAAGAAGAGCGUUUGAAGGUUCUGCAGCAAUUAAUGUUGGAAUGCUUUCCAUAGCAGUACCUUACAAAGACAACGAAGAAAAAGGUUCUGAAAAAGGUCCAAAGGUGACUUAUGUGCCGCCUCCUCCUCCUGAUGAUGAAAAUUCCAUCUUUGCACAUUAUGAGACAGGAAUUAAUUUUGACAAGUAUGAUGAAAAUGUUGUCGAAGUGUCAGGACUUAAUGCUCCAGCACCAUUACUGAAUUUUGAAGAAGCUAAUUUCUGUCAGACUUUAAAGAGGAACAUUGCUAAAGCUGGAUACUCUAAACUUACUCCGGUGCAGAGGUACAGCAUUCCAAUUGUACUGUCAGGACGGGAUUUAAUGGCAUGUGCCCAAACAGGAUCGGGAAAGACUGCAGCUUUCCUUCUGCCGAUUGUGUCUGUCAUGAUGAGAGAUGGUGUAACUGCCAGUAGCUUUAAAGAGCAGCAAGAACCAGAGUGUAUUAUUGUCGCCCCAACUAGAGAGCUGAUAAAUCAGAUCUUCCUAGAAGCAAGAAAAUUUGUGUAUGGAACUUGUAUAAGGCCUGUUGUGAUGUAUGGUGGUACACAAACAGGUCAUUCAAUUCGGCAGGUAAUGCAAGGCUGUAAUAUACUAUGUGCCACUCCAGGAAGGCUUCUGGACAUCAUAGAAAGAGACAAGAUUGGUUUGCAGAAUGUGAAAUACUUGGUACUAGAUGAAGCAGACCGCAUGCUUGAUAUGGGAUUUGGCUUAGAUAUGAAGAAGUUGGUUUCUUACCCAAGCAUGCCAUCCAAAGAUGAACGCCAGACACUGAUGUUCAGUGCCACUUUUCCUGUAGAAGUUCAGAGGCUGGCUGGUGAAUUUUUGAAAUCUAAUUAUUUAUUUGUUGUUGUUGGACUCGUGGGUGGAGCUUGCAGCGAUAUUCAGCAAAAUAUUCUUCAGGUUCCUGAGUAUUCCAAGAGGGAUAAACUCAUUGAAAUUCUGCAAAGCAUAGGUCAUGAACGAACCAUGGUAUUUGUGGGCAGAAAGAUAAAAGCAGACUACAUUGCAGCCUUUCUUUGUCAAGAAAAAAUAUCAGCCACUAGCAUCCAUGGAGAUAGAGAACAGAGAGAGAGAGAAUUAGCUCUUCAGGAUUUUCGCUCUGGAAAGAGUCCAGUUCUUGUGGCAACUUCAGUGGCAGCAAGAGGUCUGGAUAUUGAAAACGUUCAACAUGUUAUUAAUUUUGAUCUUCCCUCCACCAUUGAAGAGUAUGUACACCGAAUUGGACGAACUGGUCGCUGUGGAAAUACAGGCAAAGCAGUUUGCUUCUUUGAUAGUACUUCAGAUGGCCAUCUUGCACAACCUCUAGUGAAGGUGCUUUCAGAUGCCCAUCAGGAAGUUCCUUGUUGGUUGGAAGAGAUUGCUUUUGGUUUUCAAGAAGGAGUCUUUACAACAGUUAAUACACAAAAGAACUACAGAAGUGGAGGCAAUGUGAACCCAGGAGAAAAGAAGUAUUCUGCAAGUGAAUUGGAGUCAUGGGGUUAA